AUGCCCAAGUUCGAUGAUGAGACGCUGGCGAAGCUGCAGGAGAAGCUCAUCGCCGCCGGGUACACGGACGGGGAGUGGAGGAGCAUCAUGCUUGAGCACUAUAAUGAGGACUACGAGCACAUGGCAGAAUUUGCGAAGCGGAGGGCGGAGGAGCGAGAGAAGAGGAGGCUGGCCAUGGAUAUAUCCAAGGAAACCAGCUUCCUGUCCUCCCAUGGCGCUUCCAGGACGGACCCGGCGCUCACUGGGAACGUGCAAGCUCUGCUCGAGAACACUUUUCAAGAUUAUUUCACCACCCCUCCUGUCUCGGAUCAAGAUCGGAAGCUUCCUUUUGAGCUUGCCCCGCCCUCCCAGCCCAUCUCCCACACCAUCGGUACUACUGCGCCGGGAAAGGGCGGAGUGGCGAGCUCUGGGCCGGUUAGGAUCAAGGCGAUCAUGGAGGAAGAGGAAGAGAAGGAGGGGGUAGCCGAAGAAAAGCCUUCGGAAGAAGCUCAGGCAGAGGGCGAGGAGGAGGGAGGAGAGACGAAAAAGAAGGCACCUGAGCCCAUCGACGAAGACGAGCUUAUGUUCAUCUGGAACCGACGGGAGGCCCCGCAGCACCGGCGGCCCAAGGUCGAUCAAGCUCUGGAGCAGAAGCUCCAGGAUGUGCAGAAGAUCGAGGAGACGAUGAACGUCCGGCGCAACGAGAUCAUCGAGCAGGACAAGGCGUUCUGGGCCACGAUUGGAGUCAGCGACGAGCACCCGGACGGGACCAUAGCCUCCGGGCAGUUCUCUCAGUUCCUUGCCAAGACGGAGAAGAAGCCGACGGCUCUGGUCAUGGACGGGCAGCACCAGACAGCUCGCUGGGCUCUGGAGGUGGCAGAGGAGGCCGAGCAACCGGAUUUUCGCAGCGCCAUCCUGCCUAUCGGACCCCCCAAGGUCGAGCACGACGAGAGCAUACUCAAGGAAAAUUUCCUCAUCAGCACGAGGGCCGACCUGGAGACGAUGGAACAGUCGAUGCUGAGAGAGUCGCUGGGCCCUUCGAAGCUGGAGAUGCCCCCGGACGCCGACCCGCACUACAUGAACACUACCUUCUUCAAGACGGCCCACUCGAUGAACGCGGCCUCCAAGUCGCCGCGUCCCGACGAGGGCACGAUGAAGACCGUGGGGAUGCAAACGACGCAGGCGCUGCAGGAGAUGGCCAAGGAGACUGAGCAGAGGAUACAAGAGGUGCAGAGGAGGCUGAAGAAGACGAUCAUCAAGGAUGCUGGGGAGAAAUUGGACAUCCCUGCUAUCCUCCUCCGCAAGUUCAACUAUCUCAAGAAUCCUCGCUAUAAAGACCCCCCCGUGGACUUCAGGGGGCUGGUGGACAGCAUUCAGCAGGGAACGAUCAAGGAGGAGACGAAGAAGGGAGAGGAGACUUUCAGCCUAGUCGGCCCUGCCGUCUUCGUCCCGAAGCCUCAGGUCGUGCAGUUCACUGAGUAUGAGGUGGACAAGACGUAUGAGCUUCCGCUGAAGCUGCAGAACGUCACGGGCAUCUUGAGGAGGAUCAGGAUCAUGCCCCCAGCCUCGGAGCACUUCUCCGUGUCGCUAGUGAAGUACCUCGGGGAGGACGGGCUAGUCGCUCCAGGCAUGUACUGCAUGGUACACAUUCGCUUCAACCCAGACACGCUUGCUGACUACGAAGACACGCUGCACGUGGUGACAGAGAAGGGGCUGAUCGCCAUCCCCCUCCUCGCUCGCCGCCUCCCUCCGAACCUGACGCUCCCCGACGUGAUCGACAUCGGGAACUGCUUCGUGGACGACAUGAAGCGCGUGGUUAUCCCGUGCAGGAACCAGGGAGGGAAGGGGCAGUUCAUCCUUGUGCCGGACUCAGAGUGGCCCCAGCCGCCGGACGACGUGAAGAAUCGGGAGGUAGUGAGCAUGCCCCCGUUCCGCUUCAGCCCGUCGAGCUGGGAGCUCAACGGCGGAGAGGAGCUGGACAUCACCGUGGAGUUCUGCCCGGCACGGAAUGGCAAGUUCUCCGUUGGCUUCCGGCUCGUCUGCGACAACUGCUCCGUGCAGCAGUACCAGCUGGUGGGUACCGCCAUCACCCCCUCCUUCCAGCUGGUGCAGCUGGACUCCCUGCUGGUCGUGCCCCCCCUCUCCGAGAUGCUGCGGCCCCGGGUCGACCUCUCGUUCCCCAACCUCGCCCCCGGCGCUUACCAGGAGAAGCUGGUGACGCUGCAGAACAGGACACCCCUGGAGAUGGACUUCAGGUGGGAGGUCGAUCAUACCCCCACCCCCCACACGAACCUCAACUCGUACGUGAGCAAGUGGGGUAAGGUCGGGCAGAGCCACCAGGUCUUCUCCAUCCUCCCCAUCAGCGGCACCUUCGCUCCCAACCAGACUCUCAGCUUCCAAAUCCAGUUCGCUCCCGUCGACUGCGCCGCGUACGAGGGGGUUGCCCGCCUGCUCGUCCCGAACCUCCCAUGCCCGAGGGAGGAGGGGGAGGGAGAGGGGGACUUCGGGGCCUCGGGGUACAGGUACAAGGAGUACGAGAUGUCGAGAGUGCAGCUGAAGGGGACGGGGCAUGAGUGCGAGGUCGCCAUCGACCCGCUGGUGCUGGUGGUGGCGCAGAAGUUGAGCGUCGGGAAGGUCUACUGUCGACCUGUGACUGUCAGGAACUUGAGUGACGCCCCCGUCUCGAUCUCGUGGGAGAAGUAUCCCGACCUGCUCUAUCAGACCGUCAGGGUCCUGCCCGACAAGCUCGUCCUCGCUCCGAGGGAGGAGAAGAAGCUCAAGGUCGAGAUCGCUCCCAAGGUCGUCGCUCCCCUGCAGGUCUCCCUUGCGUGCAACGUAGAGCACGGCUCCUCUCAGAUCUUCACUGUCAUCGCCGAGACGGACGGGCCCCGCGUCCGUAUCACCAGCACUCACCUUGACUUUGGGCUGAUGCGGGUGGGCUGGAGAGCAAAGAAGAAAAUCUCCUUCCUCAACAUCUGCGACGUCUCCGCCCGUUGGUCAGUCUCCCUCUACCGCGCCGGCACCUCCGAUCCAUGGGGCCCGACCAUGACCGUGUCUCCAUCCCAUGGCAUCCUCGACGCCGGCAAGACGGCGACGGUGGAGGUGGAGUUCCGUCCGGAGGAGCCGGAAAGGAUGAGGAGUACGCUGGUGGUGGAGGUGGAGGGAGGGCAGACCGAGUUCUUGUCCCUGCGGGGAGAGGUAGUGUUCUCCAAGGUGUGCCUCGACACUUCCGUGCUUGACCUCGGGACGAUCUUCCUCGCCGUUCCGGUGACAAGGAGGAUCACGAUGAGGAACCUGACCCUCCUCCCCUCCACUCCCUUCCGCUGGGACAUGCGAACCAUCGAGGCGCUGCGGGACCCGAGCACCGCCUCCUUCAAGCUUCAGUUCAGAGUCGUCGAGGGGAUCCUUGGCCCUGAGGAGGAGCAGCAGGUCGACAUGACCAUCGAGGCCAUCAGCCUGGGUGAAGCAACGGAGGAGCAGAGCGCGCUAGAGGAGCAAGGGGAGCAGCUGGGAUCGGUCAGCAACCCAGGCAUCCUCAACUCGCUCGUCCCCCUCCACGUGGAAGGCAUGCCCGAGCUGACUGGCUUCGAGCUGCGAGCUCGCGUCAUGGGGCUGGCCGUCACCUAUCAUCUCGGAACCAUCGAGAGCAUCGAGCCGGUCCCAGACGCGCUUCGUGGGACUCCAGCAGCGCUCAAGGUGGGGGUGAGGAAGGACUGGCCACGGGAGCUGGUGGGGGUUGAGAGCUCGGUGCCGAUCGUGCUGGACUUCGGGGAGAGGAAGAUGAUGGAGAAGCACAGCAUGACGUUUGUAGUUCGCAACCACACCGGGAUCGAGGCUGCGUUCAACCUCCACGCCGAGGAGUUCGGGGUGCCGGAGCACGAGAUGGAGAUGAUCGCCCGAGCUGACGCGGGGGAGGAGGCGAGGCCGACAAGAGACCUCCUGCGCGGGUUCUCCUCGGCCUCCAGCACCUCCGACAGGCUGCGCCGGGGAGGAGAGCAGACGACCAAGAUCAGGUUCGCCGACACGACCAUGGGCAAGGAGUCGCAGCCCCUGACGCAGACGCGCGCGUCUGAGAGGACGAGCACUUCCUUGAAGCCUUCCUCGGCUCCUCGCUCUCGCAAGCACACCGGCACCAUCGCCUCCAUCAGAAUGGGAGCAACCAUGCAGCGAGCGGUCUCGACCGGCCCGGCAGGAAGGUCCUUGACGCAGGCAGAGAUCGCGAUGAGGAAGAACCGAGUCAGCGCGCCCUACGUGAAAGACGCAGAGAGGCAGCUGGACGCGGGGCUGAGGAGGGGGCAUGCGAGCAUCCAGCUCCUUCAGUCCUCCAAGGUCAAGGAGGAGAACACUCGCCUCCGGUCCACCGCGCUCUGGUGCUUGCCAGGGGACCACUCGUCCAUCGCCUCGCGUGGACGGUCGCACACGGGGCAGCAGGCAAGCAAGCUGAUCCUCUCGGACGACCACGAGGAGGUGGAGAGGUUCCGGUCGAUGCACGGGCAGAAGCUGCUGAACCAGAGGAGCGCGGCGCAGGAGGCGUUCAGGAUGCUGGAGGGCGGGAAGGGCUUCGCUGUCACGUGCUCCACCUACACCGGGAGGAUCGAGCCGUGGGGGGAGGUGGAGGUGCGAGUGGACCUCUUCUCAGAUGUUUGCGGCAUCUUCAGGGACAGGCUGGUGGUCGAGGUGAUCGGCCUUCCGGUCGUGCACAUCCCCGUGCUGGGGAAGCUGGUGGGGUCCCCGGUGGGGAUGGAGGGGGGGUCCCUGGGGCUGAACCUCCUGGGGGAGGUGCCCUCAGUGGACUUUGGGGACAUCCUGAUCAACGGGCAGAGCCAGACGCGGUCGCUACGGGUGAGGAACUCGUCGCCAUGGCCCCUCCUCGUAGACUGGCAGCUGCUGGAGUCAGCUCCCCCCAACGAGAAGAACCUGAUCCAGCUGAGCUCCGUGGUGGGCGAGGACGGGACCGUCUCCUACCAGCUCGCCGCCGUCGAGCCUCCGGAGGCCAAGAGCACUCCCUUUACCCUGACGCCUCACAGAAUGGCGAUACCCGCUCACUCGACCAAGACCGUCGACGUCUCUUGCCAGUGGCACAAGCCCCAGCACCACGACAACUUCCUGGUAGGCUCCGUCUCCUUCCUGUCCAAGGACAUGGAGGGCAGCCUGGCAGAGGUGGAGGAGGAGGGGGCGGAGCUGCUGCUGGAGGAGCUGCGGGAUCGGGAGACGGCGAGCGUGGCGGAUUUACAGGAGAGGGCGACGGGGAUGGAGCUGGUGGACGUCGAGCAGCUCGUGCUCGCCCUGCGCUGCGAGGUGACGAACGCGAGGCUGGAGGCAGACUGCCACAAGCACCUCAAGUGGAUCUGCAGCUCCUCCAACGACUGGAGGUCGCACGCGUCCUACGUGAAGGAGCUCGUGCUGUCGAACCGGGGAAGGUGCAACCAGACCUUUGCGCUCAAGACCAACUCCCCCUUCUCCAUCGACUCCACCGUCUGCACUGCCCCCGUCCACCCCAUGGCGCGGGCAGGAGACAUCGACCCUGCCUCCUCAAAGCCGCAGCUGUUCAUCCUCCCGCCCAAGGACAAUCUGGUCGUCCGCGUGCGCUUCACCCCCCCGAGCAAGCAUCGCUCAGGGCGCGUGGUGGAUGACCAGGUGCUGUUCGGGGAGCUUGUCAUGCUCUUCAGCAACGAGGAGGUUCAGAGGAUCGAGCUUGAGGCUCAGAUCAAACACCCACAGCUGGACAUCUUGCCGGAGGAGCUAAAUUUCAACACCCUCCAUGUUGAGUCGACUGCCGUCCUGACCCUCGCGCUCUGCAACCCGACGUAUGCCGAUGCUCACUUCAAAAUCGUGCACGCCCCCAAGCUCCUCACCAUGACCUCCGCCCUCCACGCGGAGGGAUCCUCCUCCAAUUUCAAAGCCCUCACAGCCCGCACGGUGGAGACAACGGUGGACGACGCCGAAGUCUUCUCCUUCGAGCCUCAGUCGGGCGUCAUCCGAGGCAACCUCCUCCGCCCCACCAUCCCCGAGUCAGUCAUCCUCACCGUCCGCUUCAACCCCAAGAAGAACGUGGACUACAGGAGCCGCUUCAAGGUUGAGAUCGAAGGAGGAAGGGGAGGCUACUUCACCCUGCUAGGCUCUGGAUCCUACGACGAGAGCAAGGAGCCAGGAGGAGCAACAGGCAUCAUCCGUGAUCACCCGGGCUUCCAUCCCCUCAUGACCGGCGUCCGAGGACCGAUCGUGCCCGGGGAACAGGAGCGGGGGGCAAGGCCGUUGGCUCCUCCUCCUCCGAUGAGUCUGCCGUCCUGGUACAACAUGGACCAGAGCAUGCAGCCCCAGCAUCUCACCAAGCACACGCUGCGAUGA